CGGCGCAGGAACCGAGGCCGCGGGCGGGAGGGCGGCGGGGACACGGGCGGCGCCCGCUGCUGUCACAGAGGCCGCGGCCGGGCGGGCGGGCGCGCGCGGCGACACGGGCCCCCCGAGCGCCGCCGCCGCCGCCCCGCGCGCCCCCCGAGCGCGCCCGCGACAUGUGAGCAUGGACAGCAGGACGCGGGAAAACCCAGAAAGAACCUUUGACCUGGUAUUGAACGUGAAAUGUCACUCCUCUGAAGGCGAAGAUCCCGUGGUUUUGUGGAAAUUCCCAGAGGACUUCGGAGACCAGGAAGUCCUGAAGAGCGUGCCCAAGUUCUGUUUCCCCUUCGACGUCGAAAGGGUGUCUCAGAACCAAGUGGGGCAGCACUUCGCCUUCGUGCUGACGGACAUCGAAAGCAAGCAGAGAUUUGGCUUCUGCAGACUCACCUCCGGCGGCAGGAUCUGCUUAUGCAUCCUCAGCUACCUGCCGUGGUUUGAAGUCUAUUACAAGCUUCUGAAUACGCUGGCGGAUUACUUGGCUAAGGAACAGGAAAAUGAUUUGAAUGCAACUCUCACAGCGCUCUAUAACCACCCAGUCCCCAAGGCAAACAGCCCUGUCAAUCUGAGUGUGAACCAAGAGAUAUUUAUUGCCAGUGAGCAAGUUCUGAGAGAUCAGCCCUCCCUAGCACCGCACUCCUACUUCAUCGCCCCCGACGUAACCGGACUCCCAACCAUCCCCGAGAGUAGGAACCUCACCGAGUACUUCGUGGCCGUGGACGUGAGCAACAUGCUGCAGCUGUACGCCAGCAUGCUGCACGAGCGGCGCAUCCUCAUCACCUCCAGCAAGCUCAGCACCUUGACUGCCUGCCUGCACGGAUCGGCCGCGCUGCUCUACCCCAUGUUCUGGCAGCACAUCUACAUCCCCGUGCUGCCGCCGCACCUGCUGGACUACUGCUGCGCUCCAAUGCCGUACCUGAUUGGAGUACACUCCAGCCUCAUAGAGAGAGUGAGGAACAGAUCGCUGGAGGACGUGGUGAUGUUAAACGUGGACACGAACACUUUGGAGUCCCCGUUUCACGACUUGGACAACCUCCCCAGUGAUGUGGUCUCGGCCCUGAAGACGAAGCUGAAGAAGCAGUCCACGGCCACGGGGGACGGGGUGGCCCGGGCCUUCCUCAGGGCGCAGGCCGCUCUGUUCGGAUGCUACCGAGACGCGCUGAGAUACAAACCCGGGGAGCCCGUCACCUUCUGUGAGGAGAGCUUUGUGAGGCACCGCUCCAGCCCGAUGAAGCAAUUCCUGGAGACGGCCGUGAACCUGCAGCUGUUCAAGCAGUUCAUCGACGGGCGGCUGGCGAAACUGAACGCAGGAAAGGGCUUCUCCGACGCCUUCGAGGAGGAGAUCACCUCUGGGGGCUUUUCUGGAGACAAGCAAAGCAUUGUCAGCUCCUGGACAAAUUGCUGGAGGCAUCGAUUGGGGAGCCCGAGGUCGUAUCAGCAGUGGGUACACACGGUCAAGAAAGGAGGCGCCCUGUUCAACUCCGCGAUGACCAGAGCGACCCCAGCGGUGCGGACAGCGUAUAAAUACGCAAAAAGCCACGCCAAGCAGGGCAUCAAGGAAGUGAAGAGCAAGCUGAAACACAAGGAGACUGAGGACGAGUGUGGGGCCUACUCCGGUUUUGUGCAGUACACCCCCGUCUACACCGUACACAACGACAAGGGGGCAAGCCGGGAGAAGCGCAGGCUCACCCAGGCACGCUUACACAGGCCCCUCAAGAGCCUCGACGACGGCGCGCCGUGUGAGGACGAGGACGAGGACGUGGACCGGGCCAGCAAGCUGUCCUCGGAGGAUGGAGAGGAGGCUGGGGCUUAUUCCUACGAAAGCGAUGACUCGGUGGAGACGCGAGGGAAGACGCUGUACUCGGGGGAGAUGGACCUGCUGGGUGAGAUCCUGGACACGCUGAGCACCCACAGCUCCGACCCGGGCAAGCUGGCGGCCGCCAAGAGCCUGGACUUCUUCCGCUCCAUGGACAACAUCGACUACCAGCCCGCGAAUAAAUCCAACGCCCCAAGCGAGGACAACCUGGCGGCCCUCUGUGGCGGGUCCGGGGACCAAGGCGACUGGAACCGGGGCCAGGACGACAGCGCCCUCCACGGCCGACACCUGCCCCCGUCCCCCAGGAAGCGGGCCAGCUCCAGCUGCGCCACGGGCUCGCUCUUCAGCCUGAAGGAGGAGAACAGUGCCAGGCCCCUCGACGGGGCCCCCGGGAGCGGCCCUCAUGGGGCGGACCAGCCGGCCUCCCCCUCUGAGCUGGGUGUCCCGCGGGCUCCAACGGACGCUGCCCGGACUGAGGAAGGAAAAGCAGACAAGGAGGAAACACUAAACCAGGCCCCAGACGAUCUGCUGAUCCCCAGCCUCGAGCGCCGGCCGUCCUCCUCGGUCCCAUGGGAGAAGGAAGGGAAGGGUGUCCAGGGGGCUCCGGGAGACCCUGGGCCGCUCCACGAAGCCGCUUCGCUGUGCCCCGCGGUGCCCGCCUUCCAGCCCGAUGGGAACGUUCCGGGGGGAAGCACGAGUGGAAACCAGGCCUCUGUCAAGAACUGAGGGCCAGCCUCAGGCGUCCACGCGUCUGGGGAGACACUGGAGGGUCCCACGGGACUGUGCAGUAAACAGUUACUUGUAGGCAUGGCAACGCUCGCUGUUGUCUAGACAUUUUCGUUUUCAUGGGAGACAUCACCCGCGGAUCUGGUGGGCCCGUGCGACCCAUUGAUCUUUUGGGGUGAAAGCUACUUCUUCUACUGUGCUCUUCAGUCAGGUACUAGUGUGUGUGUGUGUGUGUGUGUGUGUGGAGAUUAUCAUUGGACACGUGACUUCCCAGGAUUGGUGCUUACCGCCCUGCAUUUUAUUUAAACGGAGGAUGCGUACGGAAGCCUUGCACGUGACCGGCGCUACUCCAGGAACCGAUCCAGUUAGCUAAACGUAUCCGAACUCCCCUCCAACUGCUGAAACUCUUGACCCACGAUUGCCUUAAUCUUCCGCCGCUAGUAAGCAAACGUAGCCACUCAUGGAAUCGCCUGUCAACCCUCCCAGAGACGUUAGACGUGGCCUGCGGAGCAAUAAUGCCUUUCUAGUCAUUGAGUCCAGGACAAAAAUCUCUCUUUUUUGUGUUUUUUUUUUUUGUUUUUAAUGAAAAGCUCUUGUGGACGCUGCAGCCACGUCUUCCAAAAAACAAGUCUCCGGGUCCAUGCCUUUCACACAGGGAGCUUCUUGCACGACAGCGUGAAGGGAAUGCCUCCUGUUUACACACGAGACACUUUCCAUGCCUCCCCCCAGCCUCUCGGGGAGGCCCUCCUCCCUCCUCCCUCCCCCCCCCU